UUACAGAAACCGUACAACUGGUGUAAUACACAAAGAACAAUUAACAUGAGCAAUCUUCUGGUUGUCUUUUUAAUUGCUGCCUGCUUAACAGUGCCUCUGUCUGCCAUGUUUUCUCGGAGAUAUGCCAGAAGCGUGGACUUUGACGAUAAAAAGUCAGAUGACGAACUUUUAGGACAGUAUUCUAUAUCGUUCAAAGACUGUGCAGAGAAGUGUCAGAAAGAUUGCGGCGUCUUUGGAUUUAAUGAUAGAUUAAAGAAGUGUCGGCUCCACAGGAAACUCAACAUGUCGUCAACUACAGAAGAAGAGAAAGGGUGGAGAUAUUUCUUUCAUGAUUUUCUCGCUAGAGAUUGUAUGGAUCUCCUGGAUAACAAUUACACAUAUACAGGAGUGUACGACAUCUUUCCUUAUGGUACGAGCUCUAUUCCAGUCAGGGUGUUUUGUGACAUGACUACAAUGGGAGGGGGAUGGACGGCAAUUCAAAAGAGAAAAAACGGAUCCUUGAGCUUUGACAGGAAUUGGUCAGAUUAUAAGAAUGGUUUUGGUGUCCCGGAACAGGAUAUCUGGAUCGGAAAUGACGUGAUCCAUCAGCUCACAAAGAGAGCGGCCUCAUCCCUCUAUGUUUCUGUCAAACUAGAUAAUGGUACUGAUCUGUACGAAUUGUACGAAAGUUUCUCCAUUUCAAGUGAAACAGACAAAUACAAACUCUUUCUGGCGGGACCUGUCACGGGAACCUUAGGUACGUGA